AUGGCGAAAGGUUUCAAGCUCUUUCACACCCUUUUCUUAUUGAUGGCUUUGCAAUGUUGUGCGAAGGUGGGUGCCACUUUUGGUGAUGUCACUGGUGACGUCAAUCUCGACAGUCAAUUUUCAUUUCGUGCAUUUGGAUUACAUGACACACAAGCCCCAACUAUUGCUCCAAUUGGAAGUAGCACACAAGUCUCAGCGGCUACAUCAGUUGGAAGCAUUGUUGAAACCCCGGAGGGGGAUACAUCGGUCGGAAGCGUUGCUGAAACCCCGAAAGAGGAUACGUCGGUCGGAAGCGCUGCUGAAACCCCGGAGGGGGAUACGUCGGGCGCUGAAACCCCCGAGGGGGCUCCUCCGUCGGUCGGAAGCGCAGCUGAAACCCCCGAGGGGGCUCCGUCGGCCUCGGCCGGAAGCAUUGUUGAAACCCCGGAGGGGGAUACAUCGGUCGGAAGCGCUGCUGAAACCCCAGAGGGGGAUACAUCGGUCGGAAGCGCUGCUGAAACCCCAGAGGAGGAUACGUCGGACGGAAGCGCUGCUGAAACCCCAGAGGAGGAUACGUCGGACNGAAGCGCUGCUGAAACCCCGAAAGAGGAUACGUCGGUCGGAAGCGCUGCUGAAACCCCCGAGGGGGAUACGUCGGUCGGAAGCACUGCUGAAACCCCCGAGGGGGAUACGUCGGUCGGAAGCACUGCUGAAACCCCCGAGGGGGAUACGUCGGUCGGAAGCACUGCUGAAACCCCCGAGGGGGAUACGUCGGUCGGAAGCACUGCUGUAACCCCCGAGGGGGCUCCGUCGGCCUCGGCCGGAAGCAUUGCUGAAACCCCGGAGGGGGCUGCGUCGAUCUCGGCCGGAAGCAUUGCUGAAACGCCGGAGGGGGCUGCGUCGAUCUCGGCCGGAAGCAUUGCUGAAACGCCGGAGGGGGCUGCGUCGGCCGGAAGCAUUGCUGAGACCCCGGAGGGGGCUGCGUCGGCCGGAAGCAUUGCUGAAACCCCGGANNGGGGCUGCGGGGCUGCGUCGAUCUCGGCCGGAAGCAUUGCUGAAACCCCGGAGGGGGCUGCGUCGAUCUCGGCCGGAAGCAUUGCUGAAACCCCGGAGGGGGCUGCGUCGAUCUCGGCCGGAAGCAUUGCUGAAACCCCGGAGGGGGCUGCGUCGAUCUCGGCCGGAAGCAUUGCUGAAACCCCGGAGGGAGCUGCGUCGGUCGGAAGCAUUGCUGAAACCCCAAAGGGGGCUGCGUCGGCCGGAAGCAUUGCUGAAACCCCGGAGGGGGCUGUGUCGGCCGGAAGCAUUGCUGAAACCCCGGAGGGGGCUGCGUCGAUCUCGGCCGAAAGCAUUGCUGAAACCCCGGAGGGGGCUGCGUCGGCCGAAAGCAUUGCUGAAACCCAAGACCCGACAGAAGUUGAANGCAUUGGAGGUUUCUUUGGCUAA